AUGCAGACCUUAUGCCAGGCUAGGCUGACCCUGCGAAACUCCCCGAGCCCGGGUGGUAAGUGCCUGCCGAUGGAUCGCGUCAGGCACAAGUGCUGUGGCCUCGUCCCUUGGUGCACGCUGUCGAUCGGAGGAGGUGUGUACGACAUCGCCGUCCAGCUGCAUGUUCAAGGGUUCGAACAAGUCAAGGGUGAUUCCGGUGGUCAUCUGGUGCCAAACCUGCACCCCGAUGGUCACUCCUGUGUACCGAGUGCUCAGAGCAUUUAUAUUUGUGGUCAUGCGAUCUUGCCGCAACGGCUUGCCGGAUGGUCCCGACCAGAGGUAUGCGGAAACAUCGGCGAGAAUCCCGGUUUCCUUGCUGAACCACCGGCGAAAAGGUUGGACCGGAGGCAGAUAGCGCAGCAAGAGUUCUGCCACCACCGGCAUUACAAAUCGGAAUGGCCAGCAACUGCCGUUUGUGAUGUUGAGCGACUUGUGAUAGCCUGGGCGGACGGACCCUGUAUGGUCGACUUUACCAGCUAUCUGCGUCCUUGGGAGACCGACGCGCUAUUCCUGACGUCCGUGAGGAAGCUAUCACCGGGUCGCGCGGUGGACCAGUUGUCCUCAAAGCCGGAAGCCCGGCAGCAAGCCACGAAGGCGGUCCGGAACAACAGACCGUCAGACGAAAUGAAUGGAUCGAUGGUGGUCUGGCUAGAGACGAGAAAAGUAGCGGCAUAUCUGCUUCAGAAACUGACAGUCAUCUCCGGCCUCACAGCAGGUCUUGCAGCCCCAUACUACCUCAAGGGGGACAGCGACCCCUGCUUCAACUGCAACUUGCACGGACACUACCAAGCUACGUGCACUAAACUAGUGAAGUGCGGACACUGCUUCGUCAAUCAUCAGAGCAGAGAAUCCUGUGAUGCAGCGCACUCUGGCAUAGACAGGCGAUGCAUGGUCGAGCCAACGAACACUCUAAAAAGACCAGAGGGCUGGGUUGAGUGA